UGCCGCGCAAACAUCAACAACAGCAACUCUUUACUGGCGACGAUGCGCUGCACACAACAUUCAUCGCAUGCGCCAUAGACCGAGACAUUAGUUCUUGACUUUUAUUCCAUAGAGACGUGCACCAUGCUCGAAUUCCGUACACAGGGCUAUAACGGCUACAGCGUCAAGUACUCGCCCUUCUUCGAUUCGCGCAUAGCCGUCGCAGCAUCAGCCAACUUCGGUUUGGUAGGCAAUGGGAGACUCUACAUCUUAGGUCUAACAGCCAACGGGAUUGUGGCCGAGAAGUGGUUCGACACGCAAGACUCUCUCUUCGACUCGACGUGGUCGGAAGCGCACGAGAACCAGAUUCUCACCGCAGGCGGCGAUGGCUCUGUGAAACUCUUCGACAUCACGCUCUCCCAAUUUCCCGUCCAGUCAUGGCAAGAACACGCGCGCGAAGUCUUCUCCGUGCACUGGAACCUCGUCUCCAAAGACACGUUUCUAUCGAGUAGUUGGGACGGCACAAUAAAGAUCUGGAACCCGAAUGCGAGCGCUAGUCUAAUGACUCUGCCCACGCAUUCCUGCACAUACUCGGCCGCAUUCAGCCCCCACAGCCCGAGCAUACUGAGCAGUGUGAGCUCCGACUCGCAUCUGCGCGUUUUUGAUCUGAGGACUCCUGCAAGCGCGAGUAAUCACCUCACUAUGAAUAUACCCAUACACACCCCACCGAAGCCUCGCAUGGGCACUCCAGCGCCCGUCGGCAUCCCGCCCUCAGAAGCCCUCACGCACGACUGGAACAAGUACCGCGACACGAUCGUCGCGACCGCAGGCGUAGACCGCGUAAUCCGCACAUUCGACAUCCGCAUGCCACAAGCCGGGCCUAUUGCCAUACUACCGGGCCACGAGUACGCCGUGAGGAAGGUAACAUGGUCGCCGCAUCUUUCGGACAUUCUUCUCAGUGCUAGUUACGACAUGACGUGUCGUGUGUGGACAGAUGGUAGCGCUAUGGGCGUUGGGUCGAUAAAGCAGGAGAACAUGCUGGAAGACCCCAUGGUGUUAGGCGGUGGGAGAGAGAUGGGGAAGAUGGGCCGACAUACAGAGUUCGUCACUGGGGUGGAUUGGUGCAUGUUUGGUGCUGAGGGCUGGUGUGCGAGUACGGGGUGGGAUGAAAGAGUGAUGGUUUGGGAUUGUAGAGCUAUUAUGCAAUGAGAUUGAGGGACUUGUAGAGUGCACACAGAAGUAAAUGUGCGAUGGCAGUGAGUUGUUCGUCUGUGAAGAGUCUCGAGUGAAAUCAAGGGCUACCAUGGCUUUUAUACUUGAUGGAGAGUAAGUAUGUUAAGAAAUAUCUCCAAGCCGGUAUAGAAUAUGCUUGAGAGAAUGAAGCACGUAUCAUCC